AUGGGGUUUGCUCGAGAUUUAAAUCGCAUGAGUAUAUCAAUAUCGGCGCUUAUGUUCGCCAUCUGCUAUGCUGCCGUGGUGACCAUGUCGGCAGAAGAAUGCCUGGGCGAGUUUGAUGAGAGUAAAGACAAGGUUUUGCAAAGAUACCGGAAUGGAGUUCAGACCUACCUUACAAAAGCCGAUUUUCGCCAGUCAUCAGAUUUGAUCGUCCUGCAGGCUUUCAUGAUUUACCUUAUUUGUGGGAGAUUUGACCACAACGGACCAGAUGUUAAAAAUCUCAUUCCAGUGGCAAUAAGUAUCGCUAAAAAGAACGGCCUGCAUGAAGAGAAUCCCGGGCUAACGCUCUUUGAUAUUGAAAUGCGCCGUCGAAUCUGGUGGCAUGUUUAUAUCCUCGACAUUCGAACAGCAGAAGACUUCGGUGUCGAUCCGCACAUCCAGGAACCAUCUGACCAUUUUAAACUUCCGCUGAACAUCAAUGAUUCAAAUCUUCAUCCGGACAUGACCCAGACCCCACAAAUAGAUAACGGGAAAACAGAGAUGAUGUUCAGUCUUGUCAGAUUCAAAAUCAGCAACUUUGCCCGCCAAAUAGUUUUCUCGAAAGACUUCUGCCAGCAAAAUGGCCAUGGAGUUCUCUCACCUCUGGAAAAAUGCAAAGCAAUCGACAACUUCAAGGAUGCGAUCGGAAGAGAACAUCUUUCAUACUGUGACAGCAGUAUUCCAUUGGAUCAUAUCACUGAAAUAUCUAGUCGAUUGAUUCUUGCGAAGCUCAAACUCGCCGUGACUAAACCGCGAGACCGACUAAACCAGCACAUCCUGAGCCAAGCAUGUUUUCGCAAUACCUGCGUUGACAUAUUGAAGCGUGCUCGAUUUCUCAGUAUAUACGAGAAGGGGAAACAAUGGCUUUGGCUAUUCCAGACGUACCUUGAAUGGGAUGCGUUGAUAUAUCUUCUCAUCAACUUGUCUCUAGUGCCAAUCGGCGAUGGAGUCUUUUCGGCAUGGAAAGUUGCUGAAGAUGCUUAUUAUUAUUGGAAGAACAAGAGAUAUGUUCACUUUGAUGGUCGUUGGAAGCAAGUUGAGGAGUUUCGUUCGCAGGCUUUAAUAGCCAGAGACAUGUUCCAAAGGGCCCCAAGCUUGUCUGUACAGGUCUCUUGCCACGGGGAAAAUCAUGAACCAUUUCCAUCCCAGGAACAUGAUCCAAGUCUCCAGGCCGAAGCAACCGAUUUUCAAAGGGAUAUCUCUAGCGCUUCGGUCUUUUCAGACGCUACCCCAGCCCUGCCAGAACCAAAUCCGGCACUAGACAUUCCUACCUCUGGAACAGGAUGUCAAUGGAGUGCAUCGAUAUUUGAGCGAUAUUUUGAGCUAUUAGACGCAGAACAGUCACAGGUAGCCCCGUGGAUAUGA